UUCUUCUUCUUUUGACCUGUACCGGUCCGGGUCGCCGUUGCAAAGGCUAACUCGCCACUCCAUCGCCUCGGCUCACAACAACAACAGUGGCCGCCGUGACGAGCCUUCCCCAAAAUACCCUGAAGAGGCUCUCACCCCGCCCAGCAUGACCAAGCUGCUCAAGACGGCCUGGUUUGCCACCAAGGUUGGCAUUGGUGGUGGUGUAGUUUACCUCACCGUGGACCAGGGGAUAUGGGGCAGCAGCCACCAAGCCACGGCAGCGUAUGACAGGCUCUUUGAUAUCAUGCCUGGGACUAAGAGUGUGUCAGAAAAGUACUUAAAGCUGCCAAAAAAGGAAGAUGUCAACAUCAACUUCCGCAGCUACUGGAACACUGGUGUCUUUUAUACAUUUGAUUUCAUAGCAAACUUGCCAUCCAAGGUUGUUAACUUAAAAGAUUAUGUAGUGGACUUUGCAUCAUCUCCACCUGCUGAUGGUAAACAAGAACAAACAGGGAAGGCUGAGGAGAGCAAAGCUGUACCUGAGGCAGCUGCACCACCACCAGCCCCAGAAGCCCCUGCAGCCCAGGAGAAAACCACAGAAGAAACAUAAUAGUAGCAAGAUUAUUGAUAAUAUAUGGUCUUGUGUUUUGCAUUCAAUCAUUUCAUAAUGUUAUUUUAAAGUGUAUAUAUUAAAGUUAUGUUCUAAACAGAA